UUACGAAUUUUACUCCAUUGUUGACCUUUUUGACAUUUUUUCAUCGCCGUUACUCCUUUAAUCGUGUAGUUCGUUUGUUUUCCAAACCGAGGAUAUGCGGUUUGUACGAGAAAUCUGUUCGUAGCUUUCGCAAUCGCGUCAAUUCUAGACGUUGAUUUUUAUUAUUUCCUUUUUCCUCAUUAUAUACAUAGAAUACUAUAGAAACGACACUCCCCCCACCACUUCACUUUUUUUCAUUUUGGCAGCGGACUGAUUGAUGUUGUAAGCAUAGCGGGAGAACAUGAAGUUAUAAACAGUCGGUUGCUCUAUUAUCACUGCAAACUGCGGAUAUCACUCAUCACUUGCAUGAUAUUACUCGCUAUUCGUUGAAUUGUUUUGAGCUUAUUACAUUUUGAAAUUCGAAUUAUUCGAUAUUAAGUUUGUUUUUUAUUGUAAUUGUAAGUUGUAAUUUGUAUUAAGUAUUUUGAUUUCAACUGACUUGUACUUGAAAUGCCUAACGUGUGUUGUUUCUGUAAAAAAACACAAGGUUCCCUUGAUCAUGCUGUAUCUUUCCAUCGAUUUCCCAAAGAUCCAAUUCAGCGUAAUAUUUGGCUUCAAAAUUGUAAAUUGGAAGAUACAGCUAGAAUUGAACACAAGACCUUAUGCUCUGACCACUUCAAUUCAUCCUGUUAUAUUAGUAAUACUAAUAGGUUGCUGAAAAAUGCGGUACCCACAAUUUUUCCUGGUGGAGCAGAACAUCUGAUGCCUGAAGUUGUUGAGACUUUAGAUCAACCGGCAGAAAACUUGAUCUCUAGUCCACUUACAAUUUUUCAACCAGUCAGAUUAUUUUCCAGGGUUGGCACGAAAAAGCCCACCCCGAAAAAACCCGGGCUGCUUUUCUGGGUUAAACCCUCUUGA